AGCCUCUUUCGCUUUUUUGCGUUCCACACUUCGCUUAUACGCUGGCCGUGACACUGACGAAGCCGCCGCUGGCUUGCCACUGCUUCCACACAUCAGUGCACUGUGGACGCAGCAUCAGCCGGCAGACGAAAAACUUAUCGGCUGUAAAUCAUUCAAGCGUUUGACAACGCCGUGAACGGACGCGUCUGCUCGCCCAAGUCGAAUAAAUCAAAAGUGUUGAAUGUGAAAAAUAUUAAAAAAUGUAAAUCAAAUCCACAACCACAUUAAAGCAGUGACAUAACUUUAAAUUAAAAAAUCCACAUACAAAUAUGAAUAUAACAACAAAGCAACACGAUUAAAUCAAGAAAUUCAUUGUUGUUUGGCGACCCAAGCCUUGUGUAUUUAAAAAUCUAUUGUCGAAUUAUGAUUAAAUAAAGACGCCAUAAGGAACACAUAUCAGCAUACGUCAACUCAGCCGCAUUCAUACACAAUUUUCCACACUGAAUAAAAUCAACGCGUUCGCUGCUCUGCAUUAAAAAGCUGCUGUCCGUCCUCUGCGGUCGACACACACAGACGGCCCCUUCAGCUGUGGAGUUACGCUUUUAUCGCACACUUGCCGCAAAGUGAAUGUAAACAAAGACGUUGCAAGCAUAAAUUCAAAGAGCAUUAAAUCGAGUGAGUUUGUGGGCACCGACAACAAUUGCAUAACUGUAGCCGAAGCGCCUACGGCCACACAAUGGCCUUCCUCUUCGAACCAUUUCAGGCCGAUGAUCAAUAUUUGCGUGAAUUCCUUUCACAUCUCUAUCUUAAUUGCAUAGUACGUUACCAGAAUGAAACCGGCUCGGCGGUCAAUGAUACGGAUGAUGAUGCAAACUACAUUGGGGUGCCGCGUUACCUCGAGGAGGCCGUGCUCAACGAGGGCAGCAUAGACUUAUCGAAUGUGGACGAAGCGAAGGCGGAACAAAAUGAACUCUUCGCCUACAUUUCCAAGCAUAGCUUGAAGCCAUUAACAACAACUACUACAACAACAGCAGCAACAACCACAAGCGUGUAUAACAAUACAUUGCCGAGCAACUUAAAUGAGUCGUACCCAUAUAUCAACAACAUUAUUGUCACUUCAACGCCUGCAACCAGUUUCAACGCAACUGCAAAUGGCACUGCUUCAACUUCGUCUGCAACUUCGGCAACUGCUCCUGGCUCAUCGCCACUGCGCUUUUGCCCAUUGCGCUUCGACGGCUACCUCUGCUGGCCGCGCACACCCGCCGGCACUGUCUUGAGUCAAUAUUGUCCGGAUUUUGUGGAGGGCUUCAAUCGCAAAUUUCUGGCGCAUAAAACUUGCCUGGAGAACGGCACCUGGUAUCAUCAUCCAGUUAGUGGACGCGAAUGGUCCAACUACACCAAUUGCAUUGAUUAUGACGACUUGCAGUUUCGCAGUUUUGUAAACGAGCUGUACGUGAAAGGCUAUAUCGUUUCCUUAAUCGCAUUAUUGCUUUCACUUAUCAUAUUCCUGGGCUUUAAAUCUUUGCGCUGCACACGCAUACGCAUACACGUGCAUCUGUUCGCUUCGCUGGCCUUCACUUGCAUCGCCUGGAUACUCUGGUAUAAGUUUGUGGUCGAACAACCCGAUUUAAUAGGCAAUAAUCCGCCCUGGUGCAUAAUUCUACACCUGGUCGUGCACUAUUUUAUGCUGGUGAAUUACUUUUGGAUGUUUUGUGAGGGGCUGCAUUUGCAUUUGGUGUUAGUGGUGGUCUUUGUUAAGGACACCAUUGUGAUGCGUUGGUUCAAGCUCUUCGCCUGGAUGUCACCCAUACUUGUGCUGAUGGCUUAUGGAGCGGCAAGAUUUCUACACACUGACGAUAAUACACACUGCUGGAUGGACGAUAGUCUGCUGCUUUGGAUCCUUUCAGUGCCCAUUUGUGCAUCGCUCUUGGCUAGUUUUGUUUUUCUCAUCAAUGUUUUGCGCGUGAUUGUGCGUAAAUUGCAUCCGCAGUCAGCGCAGCCGGCACCGUUGGCCAUACGGAAAGCAGUGCGCGCCACAAUAAUAUUGAUCCCACUAUUCGGCUUACAGCACUCGUUGCUACCCUACCGCCCCGACACUGGCACACCAUUGGAGCGCUUCUAUCAAAUACUCUCGGUGAUUUUGGUGAGUUUGCAGGGUUUCGUUGUCUCCUUUCUCUUUUGCUUCGCCAAUCAUGACGUCACAUUCGCCAUACGCACUCUCUUGAAUCGGCUAAUGCCAGCAUUGAUUUCACCACCGCCACCGGGCACCCAUACGGGACAGAUGGCAACGACAACACCGAGUCGCGAGUUGGGCGUGUAAGCAGUGGGAGAGCGAGCAACUAGGGGAAGGUGUCAAGGAUUAUGUUGAGGAUAGAGCUACAGGCGGACCUGAUAUAGAAGAAGAGGAAGAAGCUAAAAGCGGGUGAAAUUGAAUGAGGGCAAAGCCAUAAAGAUGUGGAGAAUAUCAAACAUUUAGUUUUGAAAAAGCCAAAUAUAUAUUUAUAUAGAAAUUACUCUAUAAGAGCACCAAAUUAUGCAGGAAGGAAUCAUACUCAAUUCCACUAACAAAAAUAAACGCUGAGAGCAUAUAAAAACCAAUUAUUAUAUUAUAUAUUUAAGUAGAGCUAAUAUAUAUUAGUAGUAGUAUAUAUUAUAUAUCAACUGUACUACAAAUUAUCUGUGUAUAAGCAUCACUGUAAUUUAUUUAAAAGCACACGGAAAUAUAAUAAAUGGGUAAAAUAAUAAUUUGAGACCAAAAAAUGCAAAUUC